AUCUUGAGCUACCCACUCUUUCUCUCUCUCACUUUCUCUCGCUGCAAUACUCGUUUCAAUGGAGACUCCAUCCACAACAAGAAGAAUCACAAGAUCAUUGGCUGCUUCCAACAACAUUCCAAAACAAAAGAAUGAAGAAUCGGAAAAGAGUGUAUCAAAAACAAGGCAAAGAAACAACGGGCAACAACAGCAGCAAGAUCGGUGUGCGCUGGUUGACAUAUCAAACGACUCGCCAAUUGUGGGGCUUGCAAAUGGCAACGAUCUUGAAACGCCGUUGUCGUCUAUAGCGAAGCAAAGAGUGAAGAAAACGCCGGGGUCAGGAGAGGCGUUGCUGAGGGGUCAGGUGAAGACCCUUUUGCAGAAAGUGGAAGAAGAGGCUGAAAUUUCGAAGCUUUCGAUGGAAAUUCGUCCCUUUCUUCAACUUGCCAACUCUCCAAUGUCUCUUCUUGCACCCACUCCCGCUAACACUCCCCAAAUCCCCAAUCUUCCUGCCCUCAACAAUGGUGACUCUGCGUUGACCUUGGUGUCACCACCACCUUCUUCUGUCGUCGAGGAACAACUGAUUUCUCGGGUGGUGAAUCAAAUAUUAGAAGGAAAGAAUAAUGAGAAUAAUGAAUGCGAAAAGAGUGUGAUAAGUAGGUCCCUCCUGUUGGAUUUCUCGGACAAAUCUGAGGUUUCAGAAUGCUCGUCCGAGGUGACAUAUCAGGAUGUAACACAAGGGAGUUGCGCCACCGAAGAUGAUGGAGCCUCUAUUUGGUCAAUACAAGUCAACGCAAGCACACAUGACGAAGAUGAUGAUGAUGAUGAUGAAAUGGCUGAAGGAGGGUUGUUACUGGACGAGCUUUGUGCUGGCUUGAACAACAUUAGUGUGAAUGAAAAGGGUCGUGGGAAGCACACAAGGUUUGUAUACAACAGUGAUGACGAGAUUGUGGAAGAAGUGGAAGUAAAAUGCUGCGCCGAGAGUGCUUCGUCAAACGUGUUGCAUUUGAAGGGGUUGCCAACCCCAAAAGGAAAGCACCUUCGCUUUCCUGAGGACGAAGAAGAAUAA